AUGAGCGGACGCGGCAAAGCAGGAAAAUCGAAGGGAGGCAAAUCCAAGACCAGGUCGUCCCGCGCCGGACUCCAGUUCCCGGUCGGUCGUAUCCAUCGUCUGUUGAGAAAAGGAAACUACGCCGAACGUGUCGGAGCCGGAGCACCGGUAUACCUGGCCGCCGUCAUGGAGUACUUGGCAGCUGAAGUUUUGGAGUUGGCCGGUAACGCGGCCCGUGACAACAAGAAGUCUCGUAUCAUCCCCAGACAUUUGCAAUUGGCCAUCAGGAACGACGAGGAGUUGAACAAAUUGUUGUCCGGAGUGACCAUCGCUCAAGGUGGUGUGUUGCCCAACAUCCAAGCCGUGCUCUUGCCCAAGAAGACCGAGAAGAAGGCUUAACUUUCGAUACCCCUUACCCA